AUGGCGCAGACUGCUGACACCUGGGACUUCCGCCCGUACUUGAAGAACAUGCCCAGCACCUCGGCCAAGAACUUUUCGGCCUUUGAUCCCAAUUGUAUGAAGGUAGGAGAAGAUCAAAUUUUGGGGGUUUUUAUAAUGGAAAUGAUAGAAUAUGGCACAAAAUAGAAAGUCGUGCUCCUAUACGAGCUUUUUUUUCAAGUUUGAGCCGUUUAAAUACGAGUUUCAUGUUUUUUUGGAGAUUUUUAUAUUAUCCAUGAUGAGCUCCUUCCAGAAAGAACGGUUUGUCCGCAUUAUGGAUGUGAAGGUGACUUCUAGAGAGCGUAAGAUUGAGAAUGACAAAGAUGAUGGCCUUCUGACAGCAUUAACCAGAAAUUGGGACAAGUCGAAUAUCAAGGAUAAGGUAAAUUUGAGUUUUUUUGUUGAUUUUUCAGGAGUUUCGGGGCUGAAAUGAAUGUUUUUAUGAUUGAUUGUACUGUUCAUAAGAUUGCCAUCGCGUUUUGAGUAAUUUGGAACAAUUUUUGGGACCUUCCCCUGAUUUUCAGGAUUUUCGUGGUGGGACCAAAAAUGCGGUUUUAUUUCGAAAUUUUCAGCCAAAAGAAGAAACCACACCUCCCGCUGAAGCCCGCCCAGGCCCCUCACAUCGUCGCCAAGCCCACGAACAGCCCACUACGGCCUCACCGCCUGAGGCAAAACAUCGCCGAGCCAGUUGA